AGAUGAGUUAGAACUAUCCAAGUAUGCGCAGUAAGGUGGACGACAGAGCCGGAGUUGCGAGAUUGGAGGAUAUUAACGGAUAGGAUCCUGACAGUUUCUAGUUACGGACUACACAAUAUAGAUUUAUACUGUAUUGCAUGUUACAUUGAGACACGCUGUACAACCGUCCAUAGUGAAGCAGUGAUCUAAACGGGCAACGCAGAAGGAGAGGCGUUUGGCACCGAUUCAUAGAGCGCCUCAUCCUGUUACAACGUCCUGAAUUCGACCUGUUGGAUGAAAAUGGAGAACUGACCGGAGAGACACCAGCUCACUAGCGAGAGAGAGGCAACUCCUCGGCACUACCCGCAGCCUGAUGGCUGGUCUGAAACGUGGCCACGAUGGGAAGAUCGCCGGCCUGUACGACCUGGACAAGACCCUGGGCCGCGGGCACUUUGCUGUGGUCAAACUGGCCCGGCAUGUCUUCACAGGGGAAAAGGUUGCCGUGAAGGUGAUCGACAAGACCAAGCUGGACGCGGUGGCGCGGGGCCACCUGUUCCAGGAGGUGCGCUGUAUGAAGAUGGUGCAGCACCCCAACGUGGUGCGUCUGUACGAGGUCAUCGACACAGCCACCAAGCUCUACCUCAUCCUGGAGCUGGCGGACGGCGGGGACAUGUACGACUGCAUCAUGAAGCACGAGGGCGGCCUCGGCGAGGAGUUGGCCAAGUGCUACUUCGCCCAGAUCGUGCACGCCAUCUCCUACUGCCACCGGCUGCGGGUGGUGCACCGCGACCUGAAGCCGGAGAACGUGGUGUUCUUCCAGAAGCAGGGCCUGGUUAAGCUCACCGACUUCGGCUUCAGCAACCGCUUCCGCCCCGGGGAGAACCUCAGCACCUCCUGCGGGUCGCUGGCCUACUCCGCCCCCGAGAUCCUGCUGGGGGACGAGUACGACGCCCCCGCCGUCGAUAUCUGGAGCCUGGGUGUGAUUCUCUUCAUGUUGGUGUGUGGUCACCCUCCCUUCCAGGAGACCAACGACAGUGAGACCCUCACCAAGAUCAUGGACUGCAAAUACAGCGUCCCCGCACACGUCUCCAACGCAUGCAGAGAUCUCAUAGGUCAAAUGCUGCAGAGGGACCCCAAGAACCGCACCUCUCUGGAACUCAUCGAAGAACACGAGUGGCUGCAGGGCGUCGACCCCUCUCCCGCCACCAAGCUAGCCACGCCCCUUGUGUCCCACCGCAGCCUAUCAGAGGAGGAACACGGCUGCAUCGUCCAGCGGCUGGUGCUGGGGGGCAUCGCCGACCGAGACGACAUUACUGAGGCGCUGGAGGCCAACCGGUACAACCACAUCACGGCUACCUACUUCCUGCUGGCCGAGAGGGUGCUGAGGGAGAGGCAGGAGAAGGAGAACCACAGCCUGAUUCGCUCUGCCAGCCCCAGCAAGGCUCAGUUCAGGCAGUCGUGGCCCACCAGGGUGGACGUGCACCAGGACAUGACGGACGGCCUGGGAGGCCCCGCCAUCUCUCACCCCGGGGGUCCCCAGUCCCCCGCCCGCAGCGCCGAGAGCCUCCACCGGGGACCCAGGCCCAAGACGGCACUGCUGGACCUCAGCCAGAGGAAGCACAUGGCCGACCUGCUGCAGCCCAUGACCCAGAGCCACGAGAGGGUCCUCCGGCCGCUGGCUGUGCCCCAGCCCAACCCUCUGAGGCUCGGCCCCUCGGGGCACCACGCCAAGACCAGGAGCCCCAGCCUCCUGAGUGUGGAGGAGGACGAGGAAGAGGAGGGCGAGCCCAAGCCGCUCCCCUUCCAGGUGGUGCUUCGCCCCAAGGUGGGGUCUUCUUCGCGCUCUCCGGCCAACCGGCUGACGUGUCGCAUGAGCGCCCCGAUCCUCAACCAGAUCCACGAGGAGAUCAGCGACGUGGAAGAGGACGAGGCCGACGGGGCAGAGAAGGAGAGGGCGACCCUGCGUGGACUCGCUGCGCCCAGGAACCUGAACCUAACCUCCAGGCUCUCGGCUCCGCCCUGCGCCACUCUAUCCCCCGAUCGCCUCGCCGGAACGACGCCGGAGUCCUUGGCGACGCCCAGCUCGGAGACCUCUGAGGACGACACGCAAGACGACCCCUGCGAGGCGGGACCCCACGGCGGGACGGUGCCGACGCUCUCCUUCGGCGGGGGCGAACGAGAGCCCAUCGUCCGAGCUCAAGGGCGGAAGGAACGUGGCCCCAAUGAGCCCGCCAGCCCCCCCAACGGCGGGAGUCCGGGGGACGCUCGGGGCAGGGGUUCGGCCAAAGCCCCCAGCGGCCUGGUGGAGAGCCUGAAGCUCAUGAGUCUGUGCCUCAGCUCGCAGUUCCACAAUCUGACGGGGGGCGGCGACAGGAGCGAGGCGGGGGACCACCGGCCGGAGAGGCCCGUGUGGAGGAUGUGCAUGGGCGGCUCCACCGGCAGCCUGGACAAGGUGUCCCUGCUGGGGGGGCCCACGCCCAGGGUGACCCUCCACCGGUCCACCCCUCUGGGGGACUCGUUCCUGGGGGACCCCCUAAUGGACGGGUCCUGCUCGGGCAACCUGAGGCUGAGCGAGCUGGACCUGGCCAGGGAGAACCACCGGAACCUGAAGAACCGGGUGCUGCAGAUGCCGCUGAGCGACAAGACUCUGUCGGUGAACAUCCAGAGGAGCCCCAAGGAGGGCCUGCUCUUCCCCCCCACGCCCCACAGCUGCUGCCAGGUCAUCUGAAGGCCGGUGGACCCCGCCGCACCUCACCUCCACCCCACCUGCCUGGCUGCUACCCCCUUCACCCAACACCACCCCCAGGACUCCGAUCCUCCCUCCUCUACCUCACCCCACUCUCUUCUACCUCACCCCCUGUCUUACUCCUUUUCCCGCCACUCCCUCUCAUCCCUUCUCCCCCUCAUCCCUCUGUCCUCCGCCCUCUCUCAUCUCCCUGCUACCCUCAGAACUAUCACAGUCAACGCCCUUACCCCCCCCCCCCCCCCCCACACCACCCCCAUUCCCCUUUCACCCUGAUGGGGGGUGAGGAAACACAAUUCACCUUCUUAAACACUAUAUUUAGUUGAGUACAGUCAGUGUUUGCGUGUGAUGCACUCACUGCACAACUUAUUUAAGCACCUUGUGUGAGGAUAUCAGGGGAAAAUACAUAACUCUAGGAGCAAGAAGACCGGAUAAGAGACAAUGGCUCGCUGAACCACAUUGGCAUCACAAUCCCCCUGGAGCGCAACAGGAACCGGGGAGGGAGGGAGGGAGGGAGGGAGGGAGGGAGGGAGGGAGGGAGGGGAGCCGUGGUUUCCUCAGUCCCGAGUGACCAUGAAAAGAGUGACCAGCACACAUCUAUUGACUGACUACUCUGUGGACAUGUGUCAGACUUUACACACACGCCAAGCAACCGGUGUCUAUAGGUAAUGCACAUCAGAACAUUUAAGGUGGACGGGCGUUAAAUCAGGGUUUUUAAAGUUGUGUCGUUUGGCCCUGGCUAUAGGGGAGAGUGAGAAUGGAAGAGAAGAGAGAGAGAGAGAGAGCAGUGUUAUUUCAUGUCGAUCACUCGUAUGUCUUGAGGUCUUUACUUUUUUUGCACACUCCGGCCUUUACAACCAUGCAUAUCUGCCUGCACACACAGGCACGCACGCACACACACACACACACACACACACACACACACACACACAAACACACACACACACACACACACACACACACACACACACACACACACACACACACACACACACACGAUGUUUACACAUAGGGUUUUAUUUUUAUUAUUCAUGUGAAACCUAUUUUUUUAAAUAAAUAUUUUAGGCAGUUGUCUUUUUUUAAAUGAUUAUGGCUGACUGAUUUUCAUAUGACUUCUUUAGUUUUUUCAGAUGGCAGGAAUUAGCACCCAACAGAGAGAGACUAUGGCACUUACUUUGAAGUCUGUCCCUGUUGUUGUGUUUGUGUACUUCAAAUGGGCUCUGUAGUCUCAGACAGCAAACACAGUCACUUUGAUCAAAGGUCUCUGUGUCUCCACUACAGUAAGGCAGUGUUUUGUACAUAUUGUGAAUAUCCAAAGACCUUUUAGGGUUAUUAUUCACUGGCGUACAUAUAGUAAUAGUUAAUAGCAAUCAGACUUUUAGAACCUUCUAGAAGGCUGCUGGAUGUGCUUUUCAUUGUUUAAGAGCCAAACGCAACAGCAAAGGGGAUUUAUAAACUAAUGGAAUUGGUGAGUUGAACAUUAUGGAUGGAGAGAUGGCACGAGACAUUUUAUUUAUUUAUUCAUAGGGGAUAAAACAAACUAAUAUUUUUGAAUAUAUAUAUAUAUAUUUUGACUAUGUUGAAUUAUAUUGAGGUGGCUAAAAUCUAUCUAGAUUUGUUUCGUUCUUUCAAUUAUUUAUUUAUUUAUUCAUUUACUUAAAAAUGGAUACUAACGGAACAGGGAGGCCAGUGCAGUAUGCAAUGUUGAAGGUCGGCUUGCUAAUCACACAAUCCCGUACCCAAAUACGCCACUAGAGAGAGUUAUCUAGCUGCUAAUAUUAGCGUUGGGUCAGAACCAAAAAAUCGCGCAUGUCCUCUAGCUUUCAAGGACUAGCCACUUGUUGUGUAGCAUAUUCAAGGACCUAUAAAAAGAAACAGAAACCAACCAAACAAAAUCUUGUGUGAAUAGAUAUUUGACUUAAGUGGUAUGUUUACCCAGUGCAUGUUUUUUACUGUUGCAACUUCAACGUCAUACAGAGGUCAACCCACCUAUAGCGUAUCUAUCCAACAUAAGCUGAUGUGUCACCUCACUGUACCGUAUCCGCACACAGCAAUACCAACAACGGAAAAAUGUACCAACAAACAUGGGUGUGCCAUACAAUUGGUUUUGAACAUAUUGUACUGUAUGAAACAUGAGAUAUAAUACAUGUAUAUUGAAAUAAAAAUCAUGCGAACGGAA